UGUGUGUGUGUGUGUGUGUGUGUCACAGAAGGAUCAUGAGCGUCUGGAGAAACUCAGUGCAGAGAUGCAGAGGAUAGAGGAGAGGCUGCAGGAGGAGAGGAUGGAGAGAGUGAAGCUGGAGGUUGAGCUUGGGAGAGAAAAGGAUUGCAACCGGGUUCAGCUGAGUGAAACCCGCAGGGAGCUCCAGGAGCUGAAGGCCAGCCUGAGGGUCGCCCAAAAAGAGAAGGAGCAGCUACUUGCAGAGAAACAGGAGUUGAUGGAGUACAUCUGUCAGCUGGAGCAGAAGAUGGGAACAGUGGCCAGUGCCAAGUGGAGUGUUGCCCCGAUUGCCUCUACAGGGCGGCCUGGCAGUGCAUUAUCUGACUCCGAGGACGAGAACCCAGUGGCUUUGCAGCCCCUCCGCCCACCAAGACCUCUGGGACAUUACAGCCUGUGUGAGCAGGGCGAGCCUGACUCCAUGCUCCUUGCCACCCCUCCUCCCUCCCCCAGGGAGGCGGAGAGGAGCGCAGUGGUCAUCAACCAGCCAGCCCCGCUCUCCUCGCCCCACCAGGCCGGCUCUGACACUCUGGCGCACAGCUCUGAUUCGGAGGAGGAAUCUGAUCCACUUCAGUGUGGAAGGCACAGCUCUGGAGAGGAAACAGCCCUUUUGCUAUCUGAGCACACGGACACUGUUCUCAGUGAUCUGGCCGACACCUCGCUAUGGUAACCAGUGGACAUCCAGCCACAGCCACGGCGAGUGAUCAAAAAGCGUAGAAGGGGGACUUCCUUGGAGUUAAUGUGGUUCCACAUUACUUCCACUAACAAGCACACAUACAGCUCACUCACUACACAGACAAUAUGUUAAUAUGCAAUUCACAUCGUAUCUGCCGUGAACCUUGGUUUUUCUCUCCUAGACUGUUGUUAUUGCCCUCUCUGUUUUGUGGUUAGGGAUGACAUAAUGCUUGUGGUGGCAGGUCAACACCGUGUUUAUGACUGACAUAAGACUGUUGCACAGUUUUAGGCACGGGCUCUGGCGUUUGAGAGUUCGCAGGCUGUAGCGGAAUGAUUUCUGUUGAAUCAUUGCUACGUCGAGAGCUUUACGAUGGAUGUUAUGUCGUUUUUAUGACAUUUGUGAUUAGGAGUCAUGACAGGCACUGUAAUUAUGAUGUUUUGUGCAGGCCGGGCUCCACUGGAAAUCAUGGCAAAACUCUCUUCCAGCUUUAAAUUCUCCACAGCAGCUUUGAACGCUAUUCAUGGCAGCAUAAAGUAAAUGAUACAGCUUCAUGCUAGAAUUAUAUUGCAGCAAUGUAGGUCUAUGACAUCAUAUUUCUCCUCCAUUUACUCAGAGCUAAGAUUUGAUAUGCACUUUCUUGUAUGCAUUAGCAGCUGACUGUUGUCGUGCAGAUGCAGUUAAGGAAAUUUAGCGAUGCAGAGGCGCUCUAAGAUGGAAAAGCAUUUGAAAUAGUGUUUAUUAACCAGAUUGUUUUUAAAGUCUACUAAGAUGCAACUUUCUACUUCAGUAACUUCAAAUCAUCAUUAUUAUAAAAUUAAUGCUCAUAAGCUUUUUCACUGUAGAUCAGCUACAGUCUUUACUUGUUGAUGGUCCUGAAUUUUAUGUUUCUUAAUUAUUGAAAUUAAAUGCUAAUUUACUAGCUGGUCAUUUUGGAUAUUUAGUGUCGGUCUUUGUUACGGUUUGUAUUGUACAGAAAUCUUAUCUCACAUCCAUGCAAUUCUAAAUUUGUGCCUAAAAUAAUGAGAGAAGAAAGAAAAUCAUCUUUAUAGAUCCUGACAUCACGACAUCCCCAAGCCCAGUGGCAAUAUACUGCUUAAUAAAAAUUGCUGCCUACCUUUUAAUCAAUACUGUAUGCAUUUUUCAUGAUUUUCUAUUUAUAAUUAACUUGAGUUAUUCUGCAAUGAAAGUAUAUUCAGGUUUAGUUUGAAAUAGGCGUUUGUUUUUCACACAACUGUUUGUGCAAUGUGUAACAGGAUUUUCCAUGCUUGGCUAAGAAGAUUUGCUAGACACUUGAUGCUUGAUUUUAUCUGCUGUAUUUGCACCCUAUUUUUACUAUAGAAGAGUUUUUAGAUGAAGUUGAUAUACGGAUACUUAAUGUGUCAGUUGUGUCCUUUCAUCAUUAUCUUAAUCAUUACCAUUGUGUGCUGUGUUUACGCAUAUUUUAUCUACACUUUUUGUUUUUAUCUUCUGUCUUCAAAUACUCACUGUAUUAAGAUUUGACAUAUAUGAGUUAUAUUGUUGCGAGAUGUUGGUGCUAAUGAAAGGGAAUGAUACCAGCAUGUUGAGUUUAAGGUAGAAAGAAAUUGAUUUGAAUGUUUAAAGCGUUUCAGCAGGAACAGGAUUAUUGAAGUAGUUAUGAAAGAAGUUAAUGUCUGUCCAACCUGUCGUUUACCUUGUGUCACUAGGUAUUCUGGUGUUGCAGUACAUGUUGAGUAUAUAGAAGUUUGAAUAUUUUGAAGAGUCUGGUAUUCUUUCCCAGAAGACAGCGCACUACAUGUAUUCUCCGUAGUCUUUGUUUGUGGUUGUAAUCUGACUUUAUGUCUUAGGGAAGUGUUUUUUUUUUUGUCGUUCCACUGAGAGCUCUAGUACGAGUACCCCUCGUCAGGACACUUUCUCCUAUUGCAAUAAAGCUCCAGUGGUUAUGGUUUGUUUUGAAGUUUUGUGUGUGAAGGUUAUCCCACAUGUACACCGCAGUGUAUUUUCUUAUCGCUCAUGUAACAGGGUUUGGGUGGGGUUCUGUAUAAUAAAAUGGUUUAUGUAUCCAUUA